AUGCGGCUCUGGAGUUGGGUGCUGCGCCUGGGGCUGCUGAGCGCCGCGCUGGGCUGCGGGCUGGCCGAGCGCUCCCGCCGGGCCCGGAGAGACCCGCGGGCCAGCCGCCCCCCGCGCCCCGCUGCCGGCCCGGCCACCUGCGCCACCCGGGCGGCCCGUGGCCGCCGCGCCUCGCCGCCGCCUCCGCCGCCGGGCGGUGCCUGGGAAGCCGUGCGCGUCCCCCGGCGGCGGCAGCAGCGGGAGGCGAGGGGCGCCGCCGAGGAGCCGAGCCCGCCGAGCCGGGCGCUCUAUUUCAGCGGGCGAGGCGAGCAGCUGCGCCUGCGGGCCGACCUCGAGCUGCCCCGGGACGCGUUCACGCUGCAAGUGUGGCUGCGAGCGGAGGGGGGCCAGAGAUCUCCAGCAGUGAUCACAGGGCUGUAUGACAAGUGCUCUUAUACCUCACGUGACCGAGGAUGGGUCGUGGGCAUUCACACCAUCAGUGACCAAGGCAACAGAGACCCACGCUACUUUUUCUCCUUGAAGACAGACCGGGCCCGACAAGUGACCACCAUCAAUGCCCACCAAAGCUACCUCCCUGGCCAGUGGGUAUUCCUAGCUGCCACCUACGACGGGCAGCAGAUGAAGCUCUAUGUGAAUGGUGCCCAGGUGGCAACCUCUGGGGAUCAGGUGGGUGGCAUAUUCAGCCCAUUGACCCAGAAGUGUAAAGUACUUAUGUUGGGGGGCAGCACCCUGAAUCACAACUACCGGGGCUACAUUGAGCGCUUCAGUCUGUGGAAGGUAGCCAGGACCCAGCGGGAAGUCCUGUUGGACAUGGAAACCCAUGGCCUCCACACGCCUCUACCUCAGCUCCUCCUACAGGAGAACUGGGACAAUGUGAAGCGCACCUGGUCCCCCAUGAAGGAUGGCCACAGCCCCCAGGUGGAGUUCAGCGGCGCCCACAGCUUCCUGCUGGACACCAGUUUGGAGCCCCCUCUGUGCGGGCAGACUUUGUGCGACAACGCGCAAGUCAUCGCCAGCUACAACCAGCUGCCGCGCUUCCGCCGGCCCAAGGUGGUGCGCUACCGCGUGGUCAACCUCCACGACGACAGCCACGAGAACCCCACGGUGAGCCGCCAGCAGAUCGAGCUCCAGCACCAGCAGUUGGCCGAGGCCUUCCAGCCCUACAACAUCUCCUGGGAGCUGGAGGUGCUGGAGGUGAGCAACUCCUCCCUGCGCCGCCGCCUCAUCCUGGCCAACUGUGACAUCAGCAAGAUCGGGGACGAGAACUGUGACCCCGAAUGCAACCACACACUGACCGGACAUGAUGGCGGGGACUGCCGCCACUUGCGCCACCCUGCCUUCAUGAAGAAGCAGCAGAACGGGGUGUGUGACAUGGACUGUAACUAUGAACGGUUCAACUUCGACGGCGGGGAGUGCUGUGACCCCGACAUCACGGAUGUCACCCAGACCUGCUUCGAUCCUGACUCUCCACACAGAGCGUACUUGGAUGUUAAUGAACUGAAGAACAUUCUUAGACUGGAUGGAACUACACACCUCAAUAUCUUCUUUGCAAACUCCUCGGAGGAGGAAUUGGCAGGAGUAGCCACUUGGCCAUGGGACAAGGAGGCCCUAAUGCCCUUAGGUGGCAUCGUCCUGAACCCAUCUGUCUAUGGCAUUCCUGGGCACACCCACACCAUGAUCCACGAGAUCGGGCACAGCCUGGGCCUCUAUCACAUCUUCCGAGGCAUCUCAGAAAUCCAGUCUUGCAGUGACCCCUGCAUGGAGACCGAGCCCUCCUUUGAGACCGGAGACCUCUGCAGUGACACCAACCCAGCCCCCAAAUACAAGUUCUGUGGUGACCCAGGGCCAGGAAAUGACACCUGUGGCUUUCAUAGCUUCUUCGACACUCCUUACAACAACUUCAUGAGCUAUGCAGACGACGACUGCACCGACUCCUUCACGCCCAAUCAAGUCGCCAGAAUGCACUGCUACCUGGACCUGGUGUACCAGGGCUGGCAGCCCUCCAAGAAGCCGGCGCCGGUCGCCCUGGCUCCCCAGAUUGUGGGCCACACGACUGACUCCGUGACGCUGGAGUGGUUUCCACCCAUCGAUGGCCACUUCUUUGAAAGAGAAUUGGGAUCAGCAUGUGACCUUUGCCUGGAAGGGAGGAUCCUGGUGCAGUAUGCCUUCAACGCCUCCUCCCCGAUGCCUUGUGGCCCAUCCGGACACUGGAGUCCCCGGGAAGCAGAAGGCCAUCCAGAUGUUGAACAGCCCUGUAAAUCCAGUGUCCGCACCUGGAGCCCAAAUUCAGCUGUCAACCCACACACGGUCCCGCCAGCCUGCCCUGAGCCACAAGGCUGCUACCUUGAAUUGGAAUUCCACUAUCCAUUGGUUCCCGAGUCUCUGACGGUCUGGGUGACCUUUGUCUCCACUGACUGGGACUCUAGUGGGGCUGUCAAUGACAUCAAACUGUUGACUACAAUGGGGAAGAACAUCUCCCUGGGCCCUCAGAACGUAUUCUGCGAUGUUCCACUGACCAUCAAACUCCGGGAUGUGGGCGAGGAGGUGUAUGGCAUUCAGAUCUACACGUUGGAUGAGCACCUGGAGAUUGAUGCUGCCAUGUUGACCUCCAUUGCAGACAGCCCACUCUGCCUAGCGUGUAAGCCCCUGCAAUACAAAGUGGUCCGGGAUCCUCCUCUCCAGGUGGACGUGGCCUCCAUCCUGCAUCUUAAUAGAAGAUUCACAGACAUGGACCUCAGUCUUGGCAGUGUGUACCAGUACCGGGUCAUCACCAUUUCCGGAAGUGAGGAAGGCGAGCCAUCGCCUGCUGCUGUAUACACCCAUGGAAGUGGAUACUGUGGCGACGGCAUCAUCCAGAAAGGCCAAGGUGAAGAAUGCGAUGACAUGAAUAAGAUCAAUGGUGAUGGCUGCUCCCUGUUCUGCCAACAGGAAGUUUCCUUCAAUUGCAUUGAUGAACCCAGCCGGUGCUAUUUCCAUGAUGGUGACGGGGUAUGUGAGGAGUUUGAACAAAAAACCAGCAUCAAGGACUGUGGUGUCUACACACCCCAGGGGUUCCUGGAUCAGUGGGCAUCCAAUGCUUCAGUUUCCCAUCAAGACCAGCAAUGCCCAGGCUGGGUCAUCAUUGGCCAGCCAGCAGCAUCCCAGGUGUGUCGGACCAAGGUGAUUGAUCUCAGUGAAGGCAUCUCCCAGCACGCCUGGUAUCCUUGCACCAUCAGCUACCCCUACUCCCAGCUGACCCAGACCACGUUCUGGCUCCGGGCAUACUUUUCUCAGCCAAUGGUUGCUGCAGCUGUCAUUGUCCACCUGGUGACCGAUGGGACCUACUAUGGGGACCAAAAGCAGGAAACCAUCAGCGUCCAGCUGCUUGACACCAAAGAGCAGAGCCACGAUCUAGGCCUCCACGUCCUGAGCUGCAGGAACAAUCCCCUGAUUAUCCCUGUGGUCCAUGACCUCAGCCAGCCCUUCUACCACAGCCAGGCGGUGCGAGUGAGCUUCAGCUCACCCCUGCUCGCCAUCUCGGGGGUGGCCCUCCGCUCCUUCGACGGCUUUGACCCCGUCACCCUGAGCAGCUGCCAGAGAGGGGAGACCUACAGCUCUGCCGAGCAGAGCUGUGUGCACUUCGCAUGUGAGGCCACCGACUGUCCGGAGCUGGCCGUGGAGAACGCCUCUCUCAACUGCUCCAGCAGCGAUCGCUAUCACGGUGCCCAGUGCACUGUGAGCUGCCGGACGGGCUACAUGCUCCAGAUACGGAGGGACGACGAGCUGAUCAAGAGCCAGACGAGACCCAGCGUCACAGUGACUUGCACCGAGGGCAAGUGGAACAAGCAGGUGGCGUGUGAGCCCGUGGACUGUGGCGUCCCGGACCAACAUCACGUCUACGCUGCCUCCUUCUCCUGCCUCGAGGGCACCACCUUUGGCAGCAAAUGCUCCUUCCAGUGUCGCCACCCAGCGCAAUUGAAAGGCAACAACAGCCUCCUGACCUGUAUGGAGGAUGGGCUGUGGUCCUUCCCGGAGGCCCUGUGCGAGCUCAUGUGUCUGGCUCCACCCUCGGUGCCCAAUGCAGACCUGCAGACCGCCAGGUGCCGAGAGAACAAACACAAGGUGGGCUCUUUCUGCAAGUACAAGUGCAAGCCUGGAUACCACGUGCCCGGCGCCUCUCGGAAGUCAAAGAAACGCGCCUUCAAGACUCAGUGCACCCAAGAUGGCAGCUGGCAGGAGGGAGCCUGUGUUCCUGUGACAUGUGACCCGCCUCCGCCAAAGUUCCAUGGGCUCUACCAGUGCACAGAUGGCUUCCAGUUCAACAGCGAGUGUAGGGUCAAGUGUGAAGACAGUGAUGCCGCCCAGGGCCGGGGGAGCAACGUCAUCCACUGCCGGAAAGAUGGAACCUGGAGCGGCUCCUUCCACCUCUGCCAGGAGAUGCAAGGCCAGUGCUCGGCCCCGAACCAGCUCAACAGCAACCUCAAACUGCAGUGUCCUGAAGGCUACGCCAUAGGGUCCGAGUGUGCCACCUCCUGCCUGGACCACAACAGCGAGCCCAUUAUCCUGCCCACGAACGUGACCGUCCGUGACAUCCCUCACUGGCUGAACCCCACGCGGGUGCAGAGAAUCGUCUGCACGGCUGGCCUCAAGUGGUACCCUCACCCUGCUGUGAUCCACUGUGUCAAAGGCUGUGAGCCCUUCAUGGGAGACAAUUACUGUGAUGCCAUCAACAACAGAGCCUUCUGCAACUACGAUGGUGGGGACUGCUGCACGUCCACGGUGAAGACCAAAAAGGUCACCCCCUUCCCCAUGUCCUGUGACCUACAAGGUGACUGUGCUUGUCGGGACCCCCAGGCCCGAGAGCACAGCCGGAAAGACCUCCGGGGAUACAGCCACGGCUAAGGAAGGACAAGGAGUUAAGAAUUCCCACGCCAGGACCCGCAUCCCUUUGGUAUUGAUUUCACAGUCAGCUGCUCCACGGAAUGGCCUCUCCACACCAGGGAUCCUUAGCAUCCAACCGGUCUGCCUUUAAUUUCACCCAGGAAGGACUCAUAGUGGGGGCGCACGAAGCAAGUCUCACCAUGUUGAGUAAUGGCAUGGAAUCCCACCCCACAAUCUUAGAUGGAUCACAUGCACAGCAUGCAGUCCCAGAGCCUCCUAAAACUCUAACCAUUUGUCACACGACCGCAGCGAGAAACAUGCUCUGUGCCCAGGAGUGUGCACAUCUGUGGUUAGUACACAUGCAUGCAUACACACCCAUACAAACAUCU